CGUCAUCUGCGCAUGUCAACGAAAACGUAAACAUUUCCUAAUCUCUUAUCAAUGCCGUUGAAAAAAAAAACCAUCCAAAACACAAUCUUCAGUUAUACUUCAGUUGUAGUUAAAUGAAUCGGUGAGAUUCAAAUUUCUAAAGUUUAAAGUGGUUCGUUAAUUACUUAGCUAGUUGUGCCUUGUUGAAAUGAUAUUCGAUAGCUAAUUCGUUCUGUAUUCGAGUACUUUUAUGAUGUCUGAAAACCGUAUCCAGAUACCGAUUAUCCCGUAUGGGCUACGUCCGGAAGAAACCAUCGUUCAAAUCGCCACAGCGUUACGAAACAUUGAUUCAGUAACAACCGAUGUGUUCCAACAAAUCGAAAACAAUAUCGAUAGAUUUCGAAAUCAUUUAUCUGGUCUGAAAAAACGAAGCGAAGUAGUUGCUGCCAAAGUAGAUCAACUCGCAGGUAGAAAUGUCGCCACGACGGUUUACUCGCAUAAUAAAUUUCCAACCAAGAACGAUGAUUACGAUACUAUGUUCCGGAUGAAUUUAAACGAUCUGCUCGAUAGCGAAAAAGUACCAAUUAGCGAUAAACAUCAGAACGCCAAGUACAACAAGUCUUCCAAUACGCUUAAAUUUUACCACAUGAAAAACAACAUCGAAACAUUUCCAAAAUACGAAGAAUCGAUCCUCGAGCAAGGGCUUGGAAUGAUACCCGGCGAUGUCGAAGACGUAAGCUCGUUGCUUUUAUUCAAUACGUCGGAGGAAAUUUACAAUAAAUACGUAAUGCGCGAUCCAUUAUCGGUGGAUGCGGUAUCGUCACCGGUUAUCGAAGAGAACAAUCCUUCGAAGAGUAUCGCCGCCGCGCCUAAUUCCAUACUUAAUAAUUACGUGUUUCAAAACACCGAAUACUUCGAUUCAUUCUACACUCCGGCUUAUCAAGAAGUUCCUACGAUCGAUGUGCCCCUAGACUUACCCGAUUUACCAGGAAUCGCUGAUAACUUGAAGUUCAAUCUCGCCUUAGAAACAUCCAUCGCCCCAUCUAAACAGAAAACAGAUACCGUCGGACCAGUUUCCACCAACGAACAAGUUAAAGCUCCCGUUGAUAACUUGGAUUCGCGUGAUAUUACUCCUGUACCUAAAGUCGAAACCGUACCAGCUCAGAAAGCUCCUAGCAUAGAGCAAAGUUCAUCUUCGAGUCACAUUUCAGCACCACCUCCUCCUCCGCCUCCUCCACCACCGCCGCCGAUUCCAACACCAUCUCCGGCAGCACCUCCUUUACCAACUUCAAACGAUAAAGCUGAAUCUUCUGCUGUUAAAUCUAGCGGUUCUGGUUUAGACAUGCAUGCUAACUUAAUGGCCGCGAUACGUAGUGCCGGAGGUAAAGAUAGAGCGAAUCUUCGACGAGUAUCGCAUCCCGAAAACGAACCUACGGUUAAAUCCAGCGCGCCCAAAGAUGAAUUUAUGGCUGAUUUGUACGCGAAAUUGGCCCUCAGACGGAAAGGUAUUUCGGGUCAAGUUAAAGAGAAUAAUGCUAAAAAUACCAGUUUGAUAGAUCGUAUGUCUUCGAUGAUACCACCAUCUCCUCCCGAUGAAUCAGAAACAGACGAUGAUGUUUCUAAUGAUUGGGAUGACUGAUGAGGGUAUAUUCGAAGUCAUCUGUAUCGUGAAAAUCAAUAUUAUUUUUAUAUUUUUCCGGGUGAUAUUGUUCAUUAUAUUUUUUGCCUGUUUGAUAUAUUUUUACACGUACCUACGUCCUACGUAAUGUAUCUACCGAUAUUUUUAAUCAUUCUAUUCAAUGUGAUAUGUUGAUUAUAUUAUUUCAUAUUGUGAAAAUAAAUAUUCUGUUAUUA